AUGACAACAUUGAGUCCCUUUGCUGAUCCAAACCAACGAGAGAGCGAAGCAAACUCUAGUGCCGGUGUAUUGACUCCGUCGACGUCGCAUCAUGGAGCACAUACAGUUACGAGAAGUAGAAGAUCGUCAUCAAUAAUCCAGCAUCUUGAGCCAGAUACCUUGGACACAAAGAUCGAUCAGGCAUUGAACCCUAAUGUGAAUGCCAGCUGGGUGAAUUUCAAAGGCGCUUGGGUAAUUCAUAUCGUCUUGAUUUUAUUCUUGAAAAUUUUGUUCAAUUUCAUCACCGUUUUGGAUAACGAUUGGAAGUGGACUCUCACAAAUUUGACCUACAACAUCGGUUCCUAUAUAAUGUUCCAUCAGGUCAAGGGAACCCCCUUCGAGUUCAACUCCGGUGCAUAUGACAAUCUCACGUUGUGGGAACAGAUUGACAAUGGUGACCAAUAUACACCUACGAAGAAAUUUUUGAUGACGGUCCCAAUUGGCUUGUUCUUAGUGAGCACACACUAUUCCAACUACAACUUAAACCUAUUCAUACUCAAUGGUGUUAGUUGCUUAUGUGUGGUGGUGCCAAAGCUUGCAAUUUCCCAUAGAUUAAGAGUUACAUUGUAUUGA